AUGGCUUGCCUGCGAUUGCUGCUCGCGUUCUCCGCCAUCGCGCUAGCCGCCGGUGGCGCGUGCGGCUUCCAGUUCGAGGAGGCCACCGUCGACAGCAUCCACCGCGGCUUCAAGAAUGGCAGCCUCACGUCGGCAGCGCUCGUCCGUUACUACCUCGGCCAGAUCGCCCGGCUCAACCCGCAGCUCCACGCCGUCAUCGAGGUCAACCCCGACGCGCUCCGCGACGCGGCCCGCGCCGACGCCGAGCGGGCGUCCGGGCACCGGCGAGCCGCCGCCGGAGGGCUCCACGGCGUCCCCGUGCUGAUCAAGGACCUCAUCGCGACGCGCGACAGGCUCAACACGACGGCCGGGUCGUUCGCGCUGCUCGGCUCCGUGGCCAGGCGCGACGCCGGCGUGGUGGCCAGGCUGCGCCGCGCCGGCGCCGUCGUGCUCGGCAAGUCCAACCUCCCCGAGUGGGGCAACUUCCGCAACGCCGCCGGACUGGACGGCUGGAGCGCGCGCGGCGGACAAGCCAUGAAUCCGUACGUGCUGGAGGUGGAUCCCUGCCAAGCGAGCACCGGCUCAGCCAUAGCCGCGGCGGCGAACAUGGCAGCGGUGACGCUGGGGACGGAAACCAUGGCUUCCAUACUCUGCCCGGCGUCGGUGAAUUCGGUGGUCGGCAUCAAGCCCACAGUUGGGUUGACAAGCCGGUCCGGCGUUAUCCCCUUCACUCUGAGGCAGGACACUGUCGGACCACUAUGUCGCACGGUAGCAGAUGCUGUCCACGUGCUGGAUGCUAUUGUUGGUUAUGAUGCCCUGGACGCUGCAGCAACAAGGGCAGCAUCCAAGUACAUCCCUACUGGCGGAUACAAGCAGUUCUUGAAGGCCGGCGGGUUACGAGGCAAGAGAAUUGGUAUACCAAAUGGCUUUUUCGGUUUCAAAAAUGGGACAGUGAAGCAUAGAGUGUGCAAGCAGCACAUCGACACACUGAGGCGACAUGGAGCGACUGUGAUUGAGAACCUGGACAUAGCAAAUUUGAGUGUCAUACAGAAUAUCACUAAAAGUGGAUUCCAGGCUGCGGCACCAGCAGAGUUCAAGUUCAACCUGAACAAUUACUUGUCUAAUUUGUCAUACUCUCCGGUCCGUUCCCUUGCUGAAAUCAUAGCAUUCAACAAUGCACAUCCUGUCGAGGAGAAGCUGAAAAAGUAUGGGCAGCAGCUUUUGCUGUUAUCUGAAAGCACCACCGGCAUUGGCCCACGGGAGAGAGCUGCAAUACAUCAGAUGAAUGAGUUGUCGGCAAAUGGGGUGGAGAAGCUGAUGAAGAAACACCGGCUUGAUGCAAUUUUCACACCUGAUUCGAGUAUCGCCACCGUCCUUGCGUACAAUGGUCUCCCUGGCAUCGAGGUGCCGGCUGGGUAUGACGAGAAGGGUGUCCCCUUUGGCAUUUGUUUCGGCGGGCUCAAGGGUUAUGAACCAAGGCUGAUCGAGAUGGCCUAUGCGUUUGAGCAGGCAACUAAGGUGCGAAAGCCUCCUAUGAUAAAAGCUUAGACUGCACAACAGUGUUGCAGCUACAAUGGUCGUGCCUGCCUUGUGGGAGUUGGUGCCUCCGUUCAGAAGAUAGAAAUUGC